AUGUUGAGCGCCGUUCGUCGCGGGCCGGUCCUCGCGAGGGCUCUACGAGCAUGUGCUCCUCGAACAUUGCAGUCUCCUGUUGUCAGAUCGACGCAUAUUGUCACAAAUUUUCAAUCGCCAUCGGCGAUCCCGUCUGUCUUUCGUCCACAGGUCCGAUUGCUUCAGUCGAAGUCCUCCUUAAACCAGACAGCUGCCGCCCAGACCGUUCAGGAGAACGAACCCCCUGCAAAAUCUCUGACCGAAUUCAGCGAACUCGGCAGCGAAGGCCUGGUCGAGCCGAAUAUUAUCUACUCAAUCACCCAGAAAAUGGGAAUUUCGACAAUGAGUGAUGUGCAAAGAUUGACCAUUCCUCAAACACUCAAUGGUGUAGACACUCUCGCUCAAGCAAAAACCGGAACCGGAAAAACCAUCGCUUUCCUUAUACCUGUACUCCAGAAGAUCAUCACCAACGAUCCCACCCUCGCGCGUAGAGGCCCCGGCUCAUUCAAGUUUCGAUCUAACUCCCCAGAUAUACGCGCUAUUAUCAUUUCGCCCACCCGUGAGCUUGCUGAACAGAUUGCUGUGGAGGCUAGAAAGGUUGCUGCAAGCACUGGCAUUAUCGUGCAGACAGCUGUUGGUGGUACAAGAAAAAUGGAAGGUCUUGAUCGCAUCAGGCGUCAAGGCUGCCAUCUUCUCGUCGCUACCCCUGGCCGUCUUAAGGACAUUUUGUCUGACCCCCGGAGCGGGGUCUCUGCGCCUAACUUGGAUGUUUUCGUUCUUGAUGAAGCGGAUCGUCUGUUGGAUGACGGUUUUGGGCCAGAGAUCGAGGAAAUCGGACACUAUCUUCCGGAUCCAGUCGAGGUAGAUCGCCAAACUCUCAUGUUUUCUGCUACAGUCCCACGUGAAGUUCAAGGCAUUGUGCGCAAGUUUAUGAAGCCAGAUUUCCAGUUCAUCAAAGCCGUCAAAGAAAACGAAUCCCCGACACAUCUUAGAGUACCUCAGUGGUCAGUGGUCGUCCGAGGUUAUGAGAAUUUGCUUCCCAGCGUUCUUGAAAUUGCAAACAAGUACAACCAACGUCGAGAGCAAGACUCCAAUUUAAGACCUUUCAAAGCAAUCGUGUACUUCAAUUGCACUGCUAGUGUCCAAUUGUAUUAUGAAGUGCUUGCUUCGUUGUUGAAUGAUCCCAUGGAUCCACGCAGCAGAAACCCAUUUGGGCGAAACGUCUAUGGCAUGCACUCCAAGCUUAGCCAACAGCAACGUACGGCAGCUUCUGACAACUUCCGCCGUGCGGAUGGUGGUAUCCUCAUUUCAUCCGACGUCACAGCACGAGGGAUGGAUUUCCCCGAUGUCACUCAUGUCAUUCAAAUUGGUCUGCCUCGUGAUCGAGAAUCUUAUAUUCACCGCUUAGGGCGAACUGCUCGUGCAGACAAAGAGGGUGAAGGUUGGAUUAUCCUGCACGAAGAGGAACUAGGCAGCGCAGGCAAGAGACUACGCGAUCUCUCCAUUAAAGAAGAUGCCUCUCUAGAGACAGCCGGCCUCGACCUAUCUCGGGAAGGCCAAGAAGUUGCUACUAGCACCGCAAACAUUCUGAACCAAGUCAGUGCUGCAAUGAAACUAGUAGACCACAGAACUAAGUCGGAUGCUUAUCGCGCCGAAUUGAGCUACUUGUCCAGUGUUUUCAGUCGCAAGCGGGCGCUGGUCCACGCGCUGAACGAAUUGGCCGUACAUGGGUGGAAGCUCCCAGAACCACCAGCCAUUUCCAGGACGGCGGCUCAGAAACUCGGCCUCGCUGGGAUCCCGGCCCUCAAAGUCAGUGACGACGACGCUCGAUCAUCGCGCGGUUUUCGUGGCGAUGCGUUUGGAGAUGCCUUUGCGACACAAGGCAGACAACGGAUUCAACGCUCAAGCUACGGUGGCCGACACAAUGCGCCUCGCUUCUCAGAUCGACAACCGGACCAAUUGGAGGAAUUUGGAUUUGGCAAGAGAACGGAGAAUCGCCCAUAUAGACCAUCUCGCGGGCGCUUUUAG